UUUUAGGUUGCGAUACUUUUUUAUACACCGUAACUAUUGCAUUAAUCGACCGAUAAUAUGGGCUUUCGCCCAACAUUUCGGCACCAUAAUGGGAAGCAAACAGAUUAUGAUGUUGGAGAUGAAUUUCUUUCUCGAGUACCUUAUGCUUCUGUCAUUGCAACAUCUAUGUGUGGUAUUGGUGUAAUCAUUUUUACACUUGUUAUGACAUGGGCAUUCAACGCAUCCGUAGAGCAAGCUCGUCGAAUACUAAACGUGGAAAAUUUACCAUGGCUUGCUAAAAUGCAGAUAUUAUUUGUAUGUGUUGCGGCGUUGAUGGCAAUAGCAGCUUUAAUACUACUUGUCAUUGCUGCCAUGAGUACGGGUUCUACAAGAAAAGAGCUUUAUAGGGGAAUACGUGGUCGUAUGGGAGGGAAAUUGGCCAAUGCAUUUUCAUUGGUAACAGCAUAUUUGUUAAAUAUGUGCUGGUUUGUUUGUUUCGCAAUUGUGGUUGUUCUUUGUUUCGUCUACUACAUAUUUACCUUUCUGUGCUCAUCCAUAUCGUUCAAUGAUUCUGAUUGUCUUGACUUUUCACUCUUUCAACCAUUUGCUCAUGAAAUUUCCCCGGAUUCUUUGAAACUUUGUGGCGGCGAUGUGCAGCAAUUCUGUGCUCUUUCAUGGAGUGCAUUUGCUUGGUACUUGGUUAGUUUAAUUUCUUGUUUAAUAAUAAUCAAAGGACUGGAACAUUUUAUGAUGUGCAGCGCAGCAAACUAUGCUCAUAUCAGCAGUGGAUUGAAAUAUCUGGAGUUGAGAGAGUUGCUACUUUCGGGUGAUGGUGAUACAGUUAAAGCUGAUUUACGAACAUCAGAUUACCGGAUGCAACCAAGAGUUGGAAACAUUUCGUCACCGGAUUACGGACCUCUCAAAUCUUACCUAGCUUAAAAAUUUGUAUGCCUUGUUAUUUUUAUCUUCCAAGAUGCAUAACCGUAUCAUGAUGACUCCACAAUUAUAUAAUUUUCAUUUUGUCUGUGUUGGAGGAAAAGCAAAG